AUGGAGAGAAAGCAGUUACUAGGUUUAGUAUUAUUGGCGACGUGUUUGCAAACUCCCACUGGGGCUCCCCGCGAUGAAAACGAAAAGAAUUUCGCGUUGGUAAGUGCAACGAAAAAUCACUAAUUUUGCCACUAAAAAUCAGCUGAAAAGUUUAAAGAAUAUAACUCAAAGAAAAAAAGAAAAAAAAAACAAAUUUCUUGAAAACAAAUUUAAACCUCCAAUACCUCAUGUUGCUUAUUGUUAUAAAAACUAAAUAAGAAACAAAGCUAGCCUUACUCGCAAAGUUUAUGGUUAUAUCAGCUUUAUUGAACAUUCAUGCUGCCAUUUAUUAUUAUUAUUAUUAUUAUUACUAUUAUUAUUAUUAUCAUUAUUAUUAUUAUUAUUAUCAUUAUUAUUAUUAUUAUUAUCAUUAUUAUUAUUAUUAUUAUCAUUAUUAUUAUUAUUAUUAUUAUCAUUUGUCAGUAUUAUUAUUUUAUCGGUAGGUCAAUUGCUUCAAAGACAACUGUCGUGAAUCAUCCCCGAACGUUUAAACAUGGUUGAUUACUAUACGGUUACAUUAGAUAUUACAUACUGUGCCUCUCUCUAACAAACGAAACGCAUUCAGUUUUAAUGUGUUGCCAGGGCCACAGAGUUUUUUCAAAAGUAGUUUAGCCCUUGUUUAACAAAAUUAACUACGUUCUAAGCCAUGUUCAAUUUGCCAAACGCUGUUAUCGAAACACUAUUUAUCAUGAACAAUUCGAUUUCGAUAAAGCGUAUAUCGUAGACUGCAAAAACACUUAUUAACCCAUUAAGAAAGAGAUCUAGAGGUCCAAUGAUUUCACCGUGGCCUAAUAAGUAAGACUUCGUUUAAAUAUCCGACCCUCAUUGCCUAUUUGUAUCAAUGUCCUUUCGGCCACCCUAAGAAUCAGCGGGAUAGCCAUACAUAAUAUUGCUUAUUGUUUAAUUGGAAUGGGAUCCGGCAACGCCCAACGUAUUUAUGAAGGGACAUUGAUCGCUUAUUCAUAAUUCAUAAGCCAGACCAUAGGGUGAGCCGACUUUAAACACCAAUUCAGCGGGAAGGAGGUAGUUAAGAACAUCCACAACUAACAAGAAGGAACAUCAAAAAUUCAAAUGCCCGCUGGUCGUGGAGGAUGGCAAAGUCUGGCCCUAGCCUCUACUAGAGGCAGGUUUGGACUAGCCCUAAUCUUUUCAUGAGACCGGCUCGUGCAUCAAGAGAUGCAUGCAACAAAAGUGAAAAUCGAAACUGCGGAACAAUGUGAGUUUAAAGACGUUCUUUUUAGCAUUUUUAGGUCGGUAAUUAAGGUACCACAAGGACAGGAGCACAAGGAUUAUAACACUAGUACAGUUUUACUCAGUGAGGAUCUGGUAAAACGUACCUCCAAAAAUGCACAUAUCUUCCGUAAAAAACAAUGAAAUGAAUUAUUUCAUAUACUUCACCAGGACCUGACUUCACAUUAUAUUCCGUAAGUUAUCACCACGACGCCGAUGUUGCUUUAUUUUCAAUUCACCGUGACGCAAAACAUAUUUUUGAUCAUUUUUAACUAGAAAUUUCUCAAACAAUACCAUUACUUGUCACCGCUCAAGGAUGGAAAUCAUAAUCUCAAAGAUGCUCUGAGGAUGUUUCAGCAACAGUCUGAAAUCCCUGAGACAGGUCAUCUGGAUGCUGCUACUAUCAAAGAAAUGUUCAAACCAAGAUGCGGUGUCCCAGAUCUUGAGGAGGAAGAGAACUCAGAAUCUGGUAAAUACAUAAAUGAAACCAGUACAGUAAAGGCGACAAUUUUAGAUGAUCACUCGGCUUUUAGCACUUCAUAUGCUUCUCUUGUGGUCUGUGCCGGUUUGUUUCUUUGUUUGCCCGUUUUUAUUUUUGCCAAACAUGACUGACAGAGAAUGUGGUAUAUUUAUGGCUUUUGCCUAAGAAUGCCAUAGAAUUAUUUUUUCUAUUGAGCCUUUUCUUUUAUUAUCUUGAAGCAUUAUAAAGACAGUCCACUCCUUCACUUUUUUAGUGAAUAGAGACCUCAAGAUACACCGUUUCCGUGUACAGCUAGGCGGGUACGGGUGAAUAAGCCGUUCACAUAGCCGUAAAUACGGUUAGAUUGCCUCUUACGCGGGAGAAGCGGCUACCGGUUAGAGUCAGGGGCACCCAACGGGAAUAUAGUUCAAAACCACUUAAAACAUAGUAUUGUUAGAUUAUUUUAGCAGUUAAACGGUAGAUAUAGGCAUAUUUUUAUCCCCUAAAAAAUUUUCAUCUGUUCGGAUUUCCUAGCUGAAAGUCUAGUGAUCCGAGAAUUAUAGGGAUCAAAACUUACCUUUUCGAAAAUUUCAGCUAGGAAAAAGGCUCCCGAAAAUUCUAGGCGCUCUUUUAAGGGUAAAACAUGGGUUAAAAAUUGGCAAUUAUACCAUUUUUUAGAUGUUCGAGAAUCCUAGGAGAGGCAGGCAAGCUACAAAAUUUUACAACAAAUGUUCCGAAAAUUCUAGAUCUCAAAUCGUCUUCCGAACGUGCUUCAGCUGUCAAAGUAAACAACUUUCAAGAUGCUGCAUAAAUUUUACCAGAAACUCAUAAGGGGUUGAAACGUGUAGCUCUCAUAUGUUUGCUUUGUCCGAUGCUUGUGAUUAUUCAUUUUCGAAAGUACCAUAUUUUGAACGAGAAGAAGAGAUAACUGACCAAUCAAACUUCGUAAACAACGUGACGUAAUUUUACUUCAGGUUCCCGCGCCCGCUUAAAAAAAUGGCCGACAAACCGGGGAAAAACUCCCUAAUAAAAGCCGAGAAAGCUUUCAAAGGUUGAAACCGGGAAUCUUACCGAAACACUGAGCAGGAUAUUAUUGCCUUACCACCCUGGCCAAACGUAACAUUAUGAAACCUAUUGACGUCCUCGCAACAACUUGAAGUUGUCACUUCAAAAAACGAUGCCUCGUUGACCCUCUGCACAAUAAACUUAUGCUGCAAAUAGGCUUUUAAAAUUCUUAUAUUAAAAGUCUAGAAUAAACAGUAAAAAAUAUUUUCGAAUAAAAUUCAUUAGCUGCGUAUCGAAAAGUGUCCAAAACCUGAACCUGACAUCUUCGCAAAAAGUGAUGCAUGUAAUGAAUGUGAGAAGCAUUUAAGCUCAAGUUAAAUUUAGCAUGGAUGUUGUAGUGACGAUCGUGUUUUAAGCUAAUUUUAUGAACGAACAAACUCAAACCAAUAGAUAGAGAAGCCGUUCUUGAAAAUUUUUAUUAUUUUUGUAUUCCACAAAUCAGUUAACUUAAGGGCACAUUCAUGUGACUUUUGAGGGAAAAGCUAAGUGAUUUUGGAGUGAAACAAAUUUUGUAUCGAGUUGAUAUAGCCUUAUAUGUACACCCAAAAAAUAGUCUUCGGUCACAUUUAAGAGCAAUGAUGGCUCUUGAUCACAGUAGAUAAGGCGUGGAAAACAAAUUCUUGGAAAACAAAUCAAACCGAAUUUUUUGCGUUCGACAAGUUUACAAAUUCUUUCCAAUGAAUCUGGGUGCGUGCAAACCAAUCUUUUUUUUUAUACACCACAUCUGAGGAGAAAGAGUAUUAUGAGGCGCUGUUUUUAUCAUACAUACCUCGUACAAAAUGCAGUAUUUCACAAUUUUUCAAGACAAAUUGCAUUCAUUCAAUAUUCAGGACCAUCGAAGCACGUGUGGACUUUUAAUUAGCGAAACCGUUCAAAAAAUUUCCAAAAUCACCUAUACGGCCAGCCGGUUCUAACUUUUGACAAGCGCCAAAUUUGCCAAGAAAUUUUAAAAGAGUUACGCUUCAACGUGAUAAAGAAUUUAUUGAGUCUGUUUUUUAUUAACGGUUUUAUAACGAUGUGUAGUCUUAAAAAGCGUUUGAUACGCUUGACAUUUUGAAUACUCCUGCAAGCGAUGUUUAUGAGCGGCUUAAAACAAACGGCAAAGCGAUGAAAAUUACACUUUUGAGACUACAAAAAAUCAAUAAAGAAAAAUAAUUCGAUAGAACAUUUACAGAGACAACAAUUUUCAUUCAAGAAAACAAAUGAGUAUUUAAGUGUAUCUAAGAAUCCUCAAGUCUUUACUAGUAAGCUUAAAGUUUAUGUUUUAGGCCGCCGGUUUCCCGGUGUUGGCUGUUUUCAAAGAUGAACUCACGACAAGAAAAUCGUUCAAAGCUUUCCUUCUACAGCCAAAAUUAUAACUAAAUAUCCUUCGGAAACUUUUUUCUUUCUAUUUACGGUGAAUUAAUAGCGGUGCUCUCCUUGCGCGCGCGAAGCGUGCGCGUGGGCGGAGCCCCAUAGCUAAGUAAAUCUACCCAUCCCAGAAAAUUUGGUAAUCACAUGACCGUACACCGACCGCUGACCGCCGACCGCCGACCGCCGACCGUCCGUCCGCAUCACAGGAAAACCAAUGUUUACUCUCACACUUUUAGCUAGUUUGAGAGCCCAAGAGAAAACUAAUUGCACAUCAAUGUUGUGAUCAAUUGACAGGUGUCAAAACAGGGCAUCCGCUGACCAGUAUCACCUGACCGUACCGCGGGCUCAAGUGUGGACCCAUCGAGGUCGAAUAUUUUUUGAAGUUAUCCGCUGAUAAAUUACCAGUUCAAAUGAUCGCAGGCUCAAGUUUAUUUUUUCCAAGGAUUUAUAUCAAAUAUGUUGUGUUUAUGUCACUAUGGCCCCGCAUUAUGAGGAUUUUGAUUUCAAGCUGGCCUCGGAAGCGAAAAUUCCACCAGUUUUUUAAAAGUACAGGCGAGGAAGACCUUAUCUUACCAUGGUCACGCUCUACGUCCAAUUUUUAUACUCUGAUUGGUCAAAAUUUGACAGGUGAGUUCAUGCGGACAAAUUAUGCAGCAUCUUGAAAGUUGUUUACUUUGACAGCUGAAGCUGACAGAAUUUUGUGUCAACUUGUGAUUUUUUUAACUGUCUUUUUCCUCUGGAUGUACAAGAUGAAAUACAGUUGCUAUCGAGAGUCUUCUGUUAUUCAUGGCUGGUUUGUUUAUUGGGUUUUUGGUUGAGAAAUGCGUCGCUUGUCAAAAUUCGGUAAUUCGUUUUUGGAUGGCAUCGUUUUCGUUUUUCACCUUGCUUAAUGCGUAAGAGGGUUUAAAAGUCUCAAGCAACUGUGGCCUUCCUUGAUAGCUUUCAGGAACUGAAUCUCGAAUGGUAAGCCUGAGUAAUUAUUGUAUUUGAUAUUUGUUAUUGUUAUAUCUAAUUUCAUGAAGUCUUGCACGGUUCACGCUGACAGUUUAUGCGGUCAGUUUAUGCACGUUUGUAGGAUUUGAGUCAAUGAUCUGACCUAGGCAUCAGGUUUGAUAUAAGCUUACAGAACUUUAAAAAGCCUUCAGAUAUAUUUGCUCACCACAAAUAUAAAGAAAACGUUCCAAAGAAUAUUUAGUUAUAAAUUUGGCUGUAGAAAGAAAACUUUGAGCGAUUUUCUUGCUUCGAGGAGUUCACCUUCGAAACCGCGCCGGGAAGCCGGCUUAAGAUUUACGCUUAAAGACUCAGGAUUUUUAGAGACACUUUAUACUUGUCUUCGUGAAUGAAAAUUGUUGUCUCUGUAAAUGUUUCACCGAAUUAUAUUUCUUUUUUUGAUUGUUAGUAGUCUCUCUUGCAAUUUUAAUCGCUUGUCCGUGCCAUUUGUUUUCAUCGUUCAUGAACAUCGCUUGCAGGAGUACUAAAAAAUGUCGCGCGUAUCAAACGCUUUAUAAGAUUUCACAUCGUUAUAACUGAAACCAUUAAAUAACCAAAAAAUAAUAAUAAUAAAUUCGCUAUUAUGUUGAAGCGUAACUCUAUUAAAGUUCAUUCAAACACUCGACCACACUGAGAGCUCGCACUAUAGAAACGAGAACCAGCUGGCCGCAUGGGUGAUUUUGGAAAUUUUUGAACGGUUUCGCUUAAAGCCCACGAUUGAUCGUCCUGAAUAUUGACUGAGUGCAAUUUGUCUUGAAAAAUUGUGAAAUACCGUAUUCUGUCCGAGGUCUGUAUGAUAAAUAGUACUGUUGCACAUCAAAUAUGAUGUAUAAAAAUUAUAAAAGGUUGGUUUAAACACCCCCAGAUUUGUUGGCAAGAAUUUGUAAAGUAAACCUGUCGAACGCAAAAAAAUUCGGCGUGACUUGUUUUCGAGGCCUAAUCUACUGUGAUCUUGAAAGUGAUCGAAGAUGUUUGCUAUUUUUUGGGUGUACAUAUAAGGUUAUCAAUUCAAUGUAAGAUGUUUCACUCUAAAAUAACUUAGCCUUUCCGUCAAAAGUCACAUGAAUGUGCCCUUAAGUUAAAUGAUUUUUGGAUUGAAAGUUAAUUGUUUGAUUUAAAUUAUACAUUUAUUAAAAUUGGAGCUUCGCUUUUAGCCCUGGCUAAAUCUAUAUAUUAUCGACUAAAGGCUUUUUAAAGUUCUGUAAGCUUAACCUUAUAUCAAACCUCAUACGAGGUCAGAUCAGUGUCUCAGUCAAAUCUUAUACAAACGUGCAUAAACUAGCUUCAUAAACUGCGCCGCUGGACUUCAUGAAAUAAGAUUUAAAUACAAUAAUUACUCAGGCUUACCAUAUUUCGAGAUGCAGCUCCUGAAAGCAAUCAAGUAAGGCAAGGGUCGCUUGAGCCUUUAUAAUUCUCGUACGCACCCAGCAAGGUGAAAAACAAAAACGAUGCCAUCUGAAAUCGGAUUAUCGCCUUUGACAAGCGACACAUUUUUCAACCAAAAACCCAAUAAAAAAAACCAGCCAUGAAUAAGAGAACACUCUUGAUAGCAGCUGUAUUUCAUUUUGUAUAUCCAGUGGAAAAAGACAGUUAAAAACAUCACAAGUUGACUCAAAACUCUGUCAGCUUCAGCUGUCAAAGUAAACAACUUUCAAGAUGCUGCAUAAAUUUUACCAGAAACUCAUAAGGGGUUGAAACGUGUAGCUCUCAUAUGUUUGCUUUGUCCGAUGCUUGUGAUUAUUCAUUUUCGAAAGUACCAUAUUUGGAACGAGAAGAAGAGAUAACUGACCAAUCAAACUUCGUAAACAACGUGACGUAAUUUUACUUCAGGUUCCCGCGCCCGCUUAAAAAAAUGGCCGACAAACGGGGAAAAACUCCCUAAUAAAAGCCGAGAAAGCUUUCAAAGGUUGAAACCGGGAAUCUUACCGAAACACUGAGCAGGAUAUUAUUGCCUUACCACCCUGGCCAAACGUAACAUUAUGAAACCUAUUGACGUCCUCGCAACAACUUGAAGUUGUCACUUCAAAAAACGAUGCCUCGUUGACCCUCUGCACAAUAAACUUAUGCUGCAAAUAGGCUUUUAAAAUUCUUAUAUUAAAAGUCUAGAAUAAACAGUAAAAAAUAUUUUCGAAUAAAAUUCAUUAGCUGCGUAUCGAAAAGUGUCCAAAACCUGAACCUGACAUCUUCGCAAAAAGUGAUGCAUGUAAUGAAUGUGAGAAGCAUUUAAGCUCAAGUUAAAUUUAGCAUGGAUGUUGUAGUGACGAUCGUGUUUUAAGCUAAUUUUAUGAAUGAACAAACUCAAACCAAUAGAUAGAGAAGCCGUUCUUGAAAAAUUUUUAUUCGAAGUCCAAAAAGUUAAUCCUUUAAAUCAAUUCGUAAAACACUAUCUGGAUCGUGGAUCCGUUCACGCAAGUGAAAUCGGCUGAGCACAUGGCAAAAUUCAACACAAAAUCCAUCUCAAAUGCGGAUAAUCGGGGCACAUUUUGUAAUUUUUCUCUUAAGCGCCGAAAUGAAGACUUUAUAAAACGUCUAUGAAACAGUUAAAAAUACAUAAAUUCUCUUUCAAAAACGUAAUUGUCUUGGCCAUAGAGUGCAAAAUGUACCUGAAAAACUACACUGCCUUGGUUGCAUUUCAAAACAGACCAUGCGCUCCGUCGUGAAGAAAACAAAAGGUUGAAUUCCUCGAAGGACGAUUUCUUGAUAAAACGCUUCCCUUCCUCCACAAGAAGUAAGCUGAGCAUUCUUUGGAUCUUUCUCUUUCCAUUUUUUGUCUUUUAACGGUGUAUUUUUAAACUUGAAAUGCAGAACUUUUGUCUUAAAACAUCUGCAUGGUGACCGCGAGGCAACCAUUUUGUUGAAAAUGGAUAUCUGUCACUAAGGUUUCCAAAUAUGGUAAAAGUGAAUAUUCACGACCAUUGGACGCGAGUUACGCGUGUCAACCCCUUAUGAGUUUUUGGUUUUACGCAGAACUCACCUGUUAGAUUUUAACCAAUCUGGGCCCAGUUGUUCGAAGGCCGAUUGGCGCUAACCCAGGGUUAAAUUUUAAACCAGGUUUCUUUUUCUUUUGUUCAAAAGCAUUUUCCCGGAUAACUUUCUCUCUUCUUUUUACAGCAUCCAAUCAUCAAUUGCAGGCAAAAAGAAUACAACUGAAUUUGCUUCUCAAGCUUUCAUGUAUGAAAUCAAAUUUCGCACUAACCCUGGCUUAACUUAACCCUGCUUUGAACAACCCGGCCCAGAGCAUAAAAAAUUGGACGUGGAGCUUGACCAACACGUGACGGUGGUAGGAAAAGGUCUUCCCCGCCUGUAUUUUAAAAAACUGGCUGAAUUUUUGCGUCUUAGGUCAGUUUAAGAUCAAAAUCGUAAUAGUGCGGGGCGAUAUUAGGGACCUUAAGCAUCGACAACGAAAUACACGACGACGACGUUUGUGACCCAAGGAGGAUUGGGUCGAGGCUUUCGUUCUCAGCGGGAAAAACGAAAGUUAAGCAGUGUGUUGUUUUUAGGAGACGACGAUUUUUGGUUGUCUGACAAGUAGCUCUAGCUAUGGCUUUCAAAAACGUCCGAAAUCUGCUUCUAAUUAAUCACAACGAUGGCUUUAUCAAUGAUGAUGAAUUUGUUGUUCUGUACGACCUCUAUGCAUCGAAAAACCUCGACUUUCCGUACGAUUCGUACGCACCUUUUGACCUGGAAGAGCUUGAUGAGUCUGAGAGUUUUGCAGAGUUUCGCUUUGGAAAACGAGAUAUACGAAUUCUGAAGGAAGUUUUGCUAAUCCCUGACACGAUUACCUGCAGUCAGCGCUCUGUUUGUGAUGGACUAGAAGGUCUCUGCAUGCUGCUAAAAGCGGCUUUCUUACCCAUGCAGAUAUGGAGACAUGGUCCAUAGAUUCGCUAAACCUGUUCCAGUUCUUAGCAUGAUCACCAAUCAAAUGAUUGACUUCGUGUAUAAUGUUCACGGGAACAGAGUACUAAACUGGAAUCAUGAGGUCCUUAGUCCUGUCAACCUGCAGACUUAUGUUGAUGCUGUGACAGCCAGGGGAGCCCCACUGCCCAAUUGUUUUGGGUUUAUUGACGGUACCGUUAGGCCUAUAUCAAGACCUGGAGAACAUCAGCGACUUCUUUACAAUGGGCAUAAAAGGGUUCAUGCCCUGAAAUUUCAAAGCAUUGCUUUGCCAAAUGGCUUGAUCGGGAAUCUAUAUGGCCCAGUUGGUAAGUUACAAAACAGUACAGGCCACCAGCUUUAAAGCAGGGAUGCGACCAAAUGUUUAUUUUUGUAGGCCUUGCACUUAUUUUAAAAAAGGGAAAAUAUUGAAAAAAAAAUGAAACAUUUUUCAAGGCUAUAGGACAGGCUAAAUUUAUUGAUUUUCUUAUUCAAUAAUGAUUACCUAGGUGAGAUCACUUCAACAGUUUAUUGGGAGCAAAGCCAGAGGGAAGAGGGGACUGUCCCCCCUCCCCCCCCUUGAAAUAAAUAUAAACUCAAGAUGAAAUUAGGAAAAAGUUUCUGAAGUACUCAUAUAAUCAACAGCUUAUGUAACCCAAUUGUCAGCAACCUUUACUCUUACACUGAUACCUACCAUCACCUACCUAUUUUUAGAAGGAAGAAAACAUGAUGCAGGAAUGCUUGCUGAUUCACAGCCACUACACGACCUUCAUCAGUUUGCCUACAAUCCAGCUGGCCAGGCAGUCUGUGUUUAUGGUGACCCUGCCUACCCCCUUAGAGUGCAGAUGCAAGGACCCUUUAGAUAUGGUGUAUUGACAUCACAAAUGCAGCAGUACAAUACAGAGAUGAGUGCUGUUAGAAGUUCUGUUGAAUGGCUGUUCGGAGAUGUAAUCAACUCGUUUAAGUUUAAUGACUUUAAAAAAGAUCUGAAGCUUUUCCUCAACAGUGUUUGAAAGAUCUAUGUUGUUUCUGUCAUACUGCAUAAUGCAAUGACAUGCUUGUGUGGUAACAUGACCUCAGAAUUUUUUGACCUUAGGCCACCUACUCUUGACACAUACUUUGGCUAGGAAACCACACUAUUGCCCAGUUUACAAUGCCUUUGAUAAAAUAUGUAUCAAAACCUUAUAACUGCAGUUAACCAUGGUAGAUAUUUGUAUGCUGAUAAGUUAAAGACUAUUUCGCACACCAUUGAACUUUUUUAAAGAGAAAAUGAAUAAUAAUAAAAUUAAGCACAAUUUUAUUUCUAAAAGUUUUCUAAUUUUCAAGAAAUGUUAUUGUAACUAUUGAUUUAUUUCCCAACUUUAUUUUCCAUUUUUCAGAAAACUGUGGUUAAUUAACUUAAAUUAAUUUUAUAAAUAGAAAUAAAAGAGAUUUAUCAAAAAAAAUUAAGCACAACAUUGCAGAGUCAGGCUAUUUUUUUGGAAUUCCUUUAUCAAACAUUUUACAAAUAUAGGAGCCCAAGGGCCUGUUUGUUGGAGGUUGGGCUGGCACUAACCCGGGAUGUUUACCGUGGUGACUUAAUGAAUUUUUACAGAGUCAACCCUGGGUGAAAGCUACCCCAAUCUAACAUGACUGAAUGAAGAUACCCAUGCUUCUUUUAGAGAUUUUGCCUUGAUGAUGCUCGAAAUUGGGUCAAUUUCUAGAGUGGACUCACUAAAUGUAAGAAAUACUAUGAGCUAAUUACAGGGAGAUCAGGAGUGCAUAUCGAUCUCUCACUGCCCUUGCUGUAACCCUGAAUUCUGGAGUCUUCAGAGAAUUCAAAUAGGCUGCGAAGCUUUCCCAUACUUUCCCUCUCUCGGUGCUUUUCGGUUUAAAAUUGUAAGGUUCGCUCGUUACAGCUUCGCGAAGGAUCAAGACAUCAUGGUCUUCCGUCCAAACAAAAUACCUGGACUUACUCGCUGUCAAAAGAACACGAAAAUAUAUAUUUUUAAAGCAAAACUAAAGAUUUAUAUCUUGAGGUGCAACUUAAAAUUAGCACAAUGACAUGCAGGUCUAAAAUAAGAAGAACAUGACUUCAAAUAUCCCAAAAUUCUCCUUAAAGAGAUCAGUACAGAAAAACUUACAUUCCUUUUGAACGAGUUCUUGCUCGGCUGUAGAAAUGUGGCCGGCCAUGGCUUUGGAUGCUUCUGAAAGAAAGUCAUUUUAGUCUGUUAAAAAUAGCUAAACUGUUAAACAUUUGACUUCCGCUGGUCCGCAAAUAAUACAUCAAACAAUCAUUAUAACAAAAGGUGGAAACAGAUGAUUAUCAGCAUGAAAAAGUUUAGUUGUUUACUUACGUUUUCACCAGAGCGAAAAUUUGCUCAGAUUCAGUCGUCGACGAAGGCUGGACGACGUUUUGACAACCUAACGCAUGCCCAGAAGGUUCGCGCGGGAAAAUUUCUCUUCCGGUCGGCGUCGUCGUCCCAUUUCGUCGCGGAUGCUUAAGGUCCCUAAUGACAUAAAGACAAGAUGUUUGUUGUGAAUUUAAAACAAAAGUAAACGUGAGCCUGCGAUUAUUUGAAAACGAGUAAAUUGUCAGCGGAUAACUUCAAAAAAUACUCGACCUUGAUGGUAGGUACGUGGUGUAAGCAUCAUAUAAUGGUUCCCCGUUAGUUACUAGAAGCAGUGUGCAUAAUCCUACAAUAUAUAGAUUUAGCCAGGGCUAAAAGCUAAGCUCCUUCUAACUCGAAUUUAUGAUUUAAAUCAAACAAUUGUAAACUUGUAUAUCCACAAAUCAGUUAACUUUAGAGCACAUUCAUGUGACUUUUGACGGAAAGGCUAAGUAAUUUUAGAGAAAAAUAAUUUGCAAACAGUCCAAGCUAAGAGUGAAAUUAAUCUUACAUCGACUUGAUAACCUUAUAUGUACACCUAAAAAAUAGCAUAGCCAUAAUGGUUCUUGAUACAUUAGGAAAACAAAUCAGGUCGAAUUUUUUGCGUUCGAUAAGUUUACUUUACAAAAUCUUGCCAACAAGUCUGGGGACGUGUAAACCAACCUUUUAUAUUUUUUAUACAUCACAUCUGAGGUGAAAUAGUACCAUGAGGCGCUAUUUUUAUCAUACAGACCUCGGACAGAAUGCAGUAUUUCACAAUUUUGCAAUACAAAUUGCACUCAUUCAAUAUUCAGGACGAUCGAAACACGCGUUAACGAAACGGUUAAAAAAAUUUCCAAAAUCACCUAUACGGCGCGCCGGUUCUCACUUUUGACAAGCGCUAAAGUUGACUGUUUAAAUUAAGAUUAACACAGUUAUACGCUUCAACAUAAUGGCUUUAUAACGAUGUGUAAUCUUCAAAAGCGUUUGAUACGCGCGGCAUUUUGACUACUCCUGCAAGCUGUGUUCAUGAGCGACUGAGAACAAACGGCACAACAGCGAUGAAAAUUGCAAAAGAGACUACUAACAAUCAAUAAAAGGAAAAUAAGUCGGUGAAACAUAUACAGAGACAACAAUUUUCAUUCACGAAGACAAGUAUUAAAGUGUCUCUGAAAAUCCUUGUUUAUGUUUUAAGCCGGCUUCCCGAUGUUUGCGUUUUUCAAAGAUGAACUCCAGGCAAGAAAAUCGCUCAAAGCUUUCUUUUACACCCAAAAUUAUAACUAAAUAUUCCUUGGAACGUUUUCUUUCUAUUUGCGGUGAGAAAAUGUCUGAAGGCUUUUUAAAGUUCUAUAAGCUUAUAAUCAAACCUGACACUCGAUCAGAUCAUUGUCUCAAAUCUUACAAACGUGCAUAAACUAAAUAGCCCCAUAAACUACACUCGACUUCAUUGAAUUAGAUAUAAAAAACAAACAUCAAAUAAAGUAAUUACUCAGGCUUACCAUUGGAGAUGCACUGAAAACUAUCAAGUAAGGCCAAAAUCGCUUCAGACUUGCCAACCCUCUUACGCAUCAACCAAGGUGAAAAACGAAAACGAUGCCAUCCGAAAUCGGAUUUCCGACUUUGACAAGCGACGUAUUUCUCAAUCAAAAACCCGAUAAACAAACUAGCCAUGAAUAGCAGAAGACUGUUGAUAGCAGCUGAAUUUAAUUUUGUACAUUGUUCAGUGGAAAAAGACAGUUAAAAACAUCACAAGUUGACACAACACUCUGUCUUCUUCAGCUGUCAAAGUAAACAAGUUUCAAGAUCCUGCAUAAAUUUUCCGCAUGAACUCACCUGUCAAAUUUUGACCAAUCAGAGCAAAAAAAUUGGACGUAGAGCGUGACCAACGCGUGACCUUGGUGAGAAAAGUCAAAAGCAACUGGCAUGUCUUCCCUGCCUGUUAAAACUGGCUGAAUCUUAGCUUCCGAGGUUAGUUUGAAAUCAAAAUUUUAAUUGUUCGGCACAUAUAAAACACAAGAUAUUUCAUAUGAAUUGAAAUAAUUAAACUUGAGCCUGCAAUCAUUUGAAAACUAGUAACUUGUCAGCGGAUAACUUCAAAAAAUACUCGACCUCGAUGGAUCGACACCUGAGCCCGCGAUAUGGUCAUGUGAUACUGGUCAGCGGGGCCUUGUUUUGAUAGCUGUCAAUUGAUCACAACAUUGAUGUGCAAUAUGUGUGCAAUAUCAGUCUUCCUGUGCUCCCAAACUAGCUAGAAAGUGUGGGAUUGAACAUUGGUUUCCCUGUGGUGCGGACGGACGGGCUGCGGGCGGGCGCGCGGUGUACGGUCACGUGAUUACCAAAUUUUCUGGGAUGGGUAGAUUUACUUACCCAUGGUGCUCCGCAGGCACGCUUCGCGCGCCAGAGCUCCGCUAUAAUCCUACAUAGCCCUACAUAACCAUACACGGCCAUACAUAGCCCUACAAAGCAAUACAUAGCCAUACAAAGCCCUACAUAGCACUACAUAGCAAUACAUAGCCAUACACAGCCCUACAUAGACCUACAUAGCCCUACAUAGCCAUACUUAGCCCUACAUAGCCCUACAUAGCCCUACAUAGCCCUACAUAGCCAUACAUAGCCCUACAUAGCCCUACAUAGCCAUACAUAGCCCUACACAGCCCUACAUAGCCCUACAUAGCCCUACACAGCCCUACAUAGCCCUAUAAAGCCAUACAUAGACCUACAUAGCCCUACAUAGCCAUACAUAGCCCUACACAGCCAUACAUAGCCCUACAUACCCCUACAUAGCCAUACAUAGACCUGCAUAGCCCUACCUAGCCAUACAUAGCCCUUCACAGCCUCUUAUAGCCCUACAUAGCCCUACACAGCCCUACAUAGCCCUACACAGCCCUACAUAGCACUACAUAGCCAUACAUAGACCUACAUAGCCCUACAUAGCCAUACAUAGCCCUACACAGCCAUACAUAGCCCUAAAUACCCCUACAUAGCCAUACAUAGACCUGCAUAGCCCUACAUAGCCAUACAUAGCCCUUUACAGCCAUAUACAGCCCUACAUAGACCUACAUAGCCCUACAUAGCCAUACACAGCUAUACAUAGCCCUACAUAGCAAUAUAUAGCCUUACAUAGCCAUACAUAGCCCUACAUAGCCCUACAUAGCUCUACAUAGCCAUACAUAGCCAUUCAUAGCCAUAUAUAACCAUACAUAGCCCUACAUAGCCAUACAUAGCCUUACAUAGCCCUACAUAGCCAUACAUUGCCCUACCUAGCCAUACAUAGCCAUGCAUAGCCCUGCAUAGCCCUACAUAGCCCUACAUAGCCCUACAUAGCCAUACAUAGCCCUACAUAGCCAUACAUACACCAACAUAGCCCUACAAAGCCAUACAUAGCAAUACACAGCCAUACAUAGCCCUACAUACACCUACAAAGCCCUACAUAGCCAUACACAGCCAAACAAAGCCAUACAUAGACCUCAAAAGCCCUGCAAAGCCCUACAUAACCAUACAUAGCCAUACACAGGCAUACACAGCCCUACAUAGUCAUACAUAGCCCUACAUAGCCAUACAAAGACCUACAUAGCCCUACAUAGCCAUACAUAGCCCUAGAGAGCCAUACAUAGCCCUACAUAGACCUACAUAGCCCUACAUAGCCAUACACAGCCAUACAUAGCCUUGCAUAGACCUGCAUAACCUUACAUAGCCCUAAAUAGCCCUAUAUUGCCAUACACAGGCAUGCAUAGCCCUACAUAGCCAAACAUAGCCCUACACAGCCCUACAUAGCCCUACACAGCCAUACAUAGCCCUACAUAGCCAUACAUAGCCACACAUAACCAUACAUAGCCCUACAUAGCCUAACAUAGCCAUACAUAGCUCUACAUAGCCCUACAUAGCUCUACAUAGCCAUACAUAGCCAUUCAUAGUCAUACAUAACCAUACAUAGCCCUACAUAGCCCUACAUGGACCUACAUAACCAUACACAGCCACACACAGCCCUACAUACACUACAUACUACAUAUACAUUGCCCUACAUAGCCAUACACAGGUCGUGAUUACAACAUUUUCUGAGAUAGGUAGAUUUCCUUAGCUUUGGGGCUCCGCCCACGCUCGCGUUUCGCGCGCGCGUGGAGCUCCGCUAUUAUAUAUAUAUUUUUUAUUAUAUAGACACGAUUGUUUUACUGGCCAUAUACCACUCGUAAAAUUCAUAAAAACUACAUCCGGGACACGAGUGGUUUAUUUUCCAUCUCACACGUGAGUUUAUCGAUGACGUAAUUUCAGUCAUUUCCCUCUAUUAUUUUACUGGCCUCUUUUUGUCUAUAUAAUAAAAUGAACAUUACACGGCGGCAUGAAGAUAGGAAUUUUAUUUUCUCGUGGCAAAAACAAUAUUUUACUAACUCGCUACGCUCGUUUGUUAAAUAUUGUUUUGCCACUCGAAAAUAAAAUUCAUAUCUUCGCGCCACCGUGUAAUAUCCUCUAUAUAGUCGCCAAUUAAAUGGGUGCAAACAUAGUCUAUAUAUAUUAUAUAUAGACUAUGUUUGCUCGCGAAGCGCGAGCGUGGGCGGAGCCCCAUGGCUAAGGAACACAGUGACUUUCAAACAUGAUGUUUUAGGAAGAGUUAAACGGUUUUCCGUUUCUGGGGACAAAUGGAAAAAAAGGAAUCUCACAUACAGCUUCCAUAACUAUGCCUCAAAUGGAGUCCUGAAUUCAACACAGCAGCGCAAAAUUGUGAGAGAGGCCUUUACACGGUGGGAAGAGAUCGGUCCUUUGUCCUUUGAAGAUGUUACAGAUAACGCUUCCCUCAGUAAUUCCUCCGAUAUCACAUUGUCGUAAGUUGACCUUUAUCUGGUUCAAUAAUUUUUUAGCAUACCCACAGAUUAUAUAACUUCUAUUUCUUUAUUCGCAGAGGACGAGGAUUACUACGUGGAAACGUUUUACUUCCUUUUUUCCGCAUAGGCAAACCUCUUUUUUUUCUCCUUUUAGCGUCGUCCGACCGACCCAAAUCUUUGGCAUUUUCAAAAAAAAAAAAUAGUAACGACAUAGUUAAACCAUUUUUCACUUGGAAUAACUAUUUUAAUCUAUCUUAAAAAAGGAUCUUAGUAACAUCAUAGAGAAAAACAGGAACAUUUUUUUACAGCAAAUUGUACAUUUUGUUAAUCCAAUUAUGUAAAAGUUAACUUUUAACAUCGUCCCAGGGUACCAGGGCCUCCUAUUCCAAGACUUCUUGUGAUUUUAUUUUAACUUUUUUUUCUUUUCGAUCCGACCCACCGACCCAAUAUCUGGAAAUGCAUUCGACGCUAAACGAAAAAAAGAAAAAAAGAAAAAAAGAGGGAGUGGCCAUAUCCUCAAAAAAAUAAACACACCAGAAAGCUUCUUUGUGCAUUUUUUCACCAGAGAAGUAAACACAGUUAAUAUUUUUUAUUGAAGAAGAAUGAUGAUAAAUGGUAAAACUUAUAUAACAUAACUUGUCAAAGCCACAACGACAUUCUCGCUGUGUGAUAGAAUGACGACGGCUAUAACGUUUUCCCGCCAAAAUUGACGCUGGUUCACGUGCACGACUCUGUAAAAAAAAUCUCGUCCUCGCAAUCGGCCCGUCAUUAAAAAAGGUCUCUUUUAUCUAGAUUAAAUUUUCAUACUGUAGGUUUUUUGCCGGUCAUCACAGUCCAUGUUCACAUGGUUUCGAUGGCGUGAAUGGAGUAUUGGCUCAUGCAUUUUUUCCUGAAUUUGGAGACGUGCACUUUGAUGACGACGAGACCUUUACUGAUGGAGUUUCAACUGGGAAAAAUCUUUUCUCUGUUGCUCUUCAUGAGAUUGGCCAUCUUCUAGGGUUAAAGCAUUCCGCUAAGUCUGACGCCAUUAUGCAUGCAACAUACAAGCCCUAUAACCAAAAUAUGAAUCUCACGGACGACGAGAGACUUGGCAUCAACUUCAUUUAUGGUAAGUAACGACAGGUUGAUUUCACGCCAGCAUCAUCAUAGUGUCAUAAUUUUGUUUGAAACUUUCACAAUGAAAAUGUGUCACGUUGUCACGGCUGCGGAACACAUAUUCCACAGUCUCGUACACUAGGCUGGCAUUGAACCGAUGCGUCCCCUCUAUAAUACAAAGAGUACUUUAUGUAAAGGGAUUAAAAAAAACAACAACAACAUGAAAAAACAAACAAACAAAUAGGCUUAAUGUGGUAUAUGAACAAACACGAUUCAAACCUUUGCCCGGAUCUAGUGGAGAAUCGUCCUUGUUACAGGCCAUGGUGUAAGUUCGGCUGGUUUGAUAUGAAAUUGAGUGAACAGCUAACUUAUUAAACAUGACAACAGAUCACAGCGAGUGAGCUUGUUGUUCCUAAAAGAAACUCGUUUCAGAGUUUAACUGCCCAUAGACAUACUGGGUCAGUUAUUUAAACGGAGUCUAGCCCGUGUGUAACAAAAACAGUGCCCUAAGCCAUUGCCAGUUUGCCCAACGCUUUUAUCUAAACACCAUUUAUCGUUAACAAUUUCCAAAAAGCAGUUAUAGCGUAGACUGGAAAAGAACUUAUUUUCUUACAUUAACCCAUGUCUAAUUAUUUCUUAAACCGCGCGGCCUAAGUGGGAUUUCGUUUGAAUAACCGACCCAUUGAUUCUUUGUUUUUUCUUUGUCUCAGUAACUUCAGGAAAUGCAGCACCAAAUACAACAAGUGGUGAGUAAUUUAGUCCUCGGACUAAGAAUUGCAGCGCUUACAGGAACCCAUAGCUCCUGGCGCUCUGACCAAGGUAAAAAUGAGCGACAGUAAUAAAAAGGCGAACAUGAACACAUACGACAUUAUUUCGUCUACAAAACUUGUAACUAUAGAGUGUUUUCACAUGACGUCACGGCGGCCAUAUUGGUGUCCCAAAACAAUGAAACGGCGGCCAUGUUGGUGUCCCAAGCCAAUCCUGUGGGAGUUGAGCUCUUUUCUUAUGCAAACGCUUUCUUUUGUUCCAAUAAAUUUGCAUAGAUGCUGGCCACGUGAGUGAAAACGCUCUAUAGGAAGUUUCACUUUGUAGUCGUGCAAAACAAAGGCAACAAAAUGCACAAAAGUGUGCUAGUUGCACGUUCAAAGUUUUUGCUGUUGUUAUUCAGUGGUUAUUGUUGUUGUUGUUGUUUUUUUUUCUUGCGUAUUAGACCCUAUUUAUUAUAUUUUUUUGCCGUUUUCUUUGCCGUCGCCGCUUCGCAUUACAUGAUUUUAUUUAUUUGUUUAUUUAUUUACAAAACUAUAGGUAUGUUAACGAGAGCUUCGCUUUUUAGCCCUGGCUAAAUCUGCAUAUUAUUAAUACAUAAAUGGUAUGCACGACUUUAUCGAUUGUGUUUUGGUAAAAAUUUCGAAAAAAGACUAAAAUUUAAUUUUCAAAAUGAACUGUCUGACUGGCCAAAAGUCCAUUUUUGACUUCGCUAUGACCGCUGAAUUAAAGAAGUGAAGACACAUUUUUACAGCCUUAGUCUUAAUCUGAAGUAAUGUAUUCACAAAUUCCAAAGAGGAAAAGACCUGUUUAUUACUCUGUCUAUUGUGUAUAUUCAACUUUCAAACACUUACUUGCCAGAAUUUCUGAAUAUUUACUUUACGUCGAGGCUAACCCUGUAUGAAUGUGUCGUUAAUGUUUAUAUUCAGCGGUAAUUUUUAAUUCAAAACUGGACUAUUCUGACUUAUAGAAAGGCCACGUCCACACGUAUCCGGAUACUUUUGAAACCGCUACUUUUUUAUAUAGGAAUCAGCCCUCUGUCCACACGAAACCAGUGAAUCCGCAUCCAGUCGAACUUCCAUGAGCGACCACUUCUCGUAAGCCAUCUCUUAGCCAAAACACCAAAACUUUCCCAGUCAAAGCCUUACAGUUGGAACCUCUACUAAACGACCACCUCCUGUAAGCGACCUCGACCGCGACCACUUUUUGGGCCUGAAAGUUGAUGAUUUUUUUAAUGUUUUUAACCUCUUGUAAGCGACCACUUGACGCAUUCUCUGAUCUCUCAGUUCGCUAUGUGGACUGUGCUUCAUAGAAUAUACCAAGAACUUAUUAGUAACGGCGUGGACCUAUACACGGCAUGGCUUAACUCAAAAAUUGUAUGCAAUAAUUAUUUUUCGUAAAGCAGAUGUGCCAGGACGUCUUUUUGGAAGAGGCGCCCUGUGGCUUGUAAGCGACCGCCUCCACUAAGCGACCACUAAGACUUUGGGUGACAUUUUGGGUGGUCGCUUACGGGAGAUUCGACUGUAUUUUUUGAAACUGUCUUACACACGGGUUUCUUUUGGAUUCGACGGGUUUGGUGAAUUCGUGUGUGGAAGACUGAAACCGGAACUUUUUGACGUCAACUAUGUCAUGAACUCGGGUCCAGUCUUAAAUGAAAACUUUCAAGUUCAAAAUGGUAGACAACCAUAUUUCUGUUUACAGCUCUCGCUCAUAUUGCCAGUCUUAUUGCAUGCGUUAAAAUCAAUUUUGCUAUUUUGACGACACCAGUUAGCCAUUUCAAACUUCAACACUUAAUUCAUACAGAUUGUGAAAUCCUUCAGUUCGAGACGAAGUCGUGUAAAACGCCUUCGUUCUGAACCUCGUUGAAAGAAGAUUUUAGGUUCGCCCAGGAUAAACAAUGCAAGUGCCUGGCGCCGACGGUACAGGCAGGCCUGGCCAUUAUGCUCGAUAGUGGUCCAUAUAGCUACAACAAUACUCAAAAAUGGGGCGAAAUCACAUCGCGGGCUCGGUUUGCGCAUGCCUACUAGCCAGUAAUUAGCAAAGUAAAUCGCCUUAGCGUAUUCGUGUGAGUGGGCGAAUCUAAACCAGAUACACCACACCAAAUUCCUCUUGAUGCAAAUAUAAAGUAUGCGGUUUUAGCGCCAGUAUUGGUAUUCGUGUUAGCCUCCCACGCAGACGUUCUUAGGGGUUCGUCACGCGUUCCUGCCCCACAAACGUCUGCUGACUUGAGCGGAAAAAACCUAGACCAAUCACAGCAGACUUCCAGAUCUGGGAAGUGCACUUUGGACCUUGAGUAAUUUCGCCCUUGACUUUUAUAUAGCUCCAGAAAAGAUCAGAAAGGUCCCAUGAAAGGUGAAGACCUUACAGUUUUAGAACAAACUACUCAGUUAACUCACAAGCGUUCGCACUAAUGGCUACUAUAAGAAUCUCGUUGAAAAUUACCUCGGAGGUUAAAUUUGCUGAACGGAAGUCGCCUUUACUACAAAACAAUAUAGUGUGAAAAAAAAAUAUUCCUUUUGUUCAGUCUUACAAGGUAACACCGCCGUUGCAUCACCCAAAGAACAACUUUAGGAGAAAAUGACAUCUAACUCAGCCUUUACAGACUUUACAGAGGAAAAUAUACAAAAGCCAACGCUUAUCUCCAAUGUUCUCGUCAGGAGCAAAAAUCUUUGGUCACGUAUCACACUCUACAGAGCUUGUACGUAUGUGUUUGGCUUGUCAACACUGACUUAAACAGCGCCGAUUGGAUCUCCGAUAAUCUGCACGUGAUCUCCAGCCGAUAUUUGCGAACAAUGGGAGAGGAAUUUAUCUUUCAGUUCAGCAGACGUUCGUGGGGCAGGAACGCGUGUCGAACCCCUAAGAACGUCUACCUUGAUCGAGGCUAGAUUCGUGUGGACGUGGCCCAGGCAACCUUCCAUGUCGAUUCCAUGACACUGCAACUAACAACUGAAAAAGGAUAUCAGUUGUAUUCUUUACAGGGCUUCUGAUAGGUCGCGGAAGAAAAAGUCAAAUUUCGAGGGAUUUCUUGGGACAAAUUAGCGGAAAAACCGGCCGAUGUCGCGGGAAUUUCCGGGGCAAACUUCACCGAAAGCAAUCGGUAAAAACAGCCGACUUUGUGGUUAUUUUCAAGACAAAUUUCGCUAGAAAUCGAUCGGUUUUGCACUAAUCAGACUACCGUUUCUAACGUUUUUCUAACAGGGGUCAUCAUUUGCUCUUUCAACGACAAUACGCUCCAGAAAUGAACCAAUGGCAAAGCCUUUAACAUCAUGGCUAUUGCCCAGUUUUUUGCAACAUACUCUACGCGUGGUAGUUUCGGGACGUUGUUUGCACGUUUCAGUCACGAAGUUCUGAGAUAAAUUUGCAAGUUUACGGCAAUUAAAUAGCCCCAAUAGCUGAAAUAAGUUUCAAAUAAGUUGCACAGACAUGUAUUUGAUAAGAUUUCUACCAAAUUUCGCGGCAUUUUUCGCGUUUUUGUGAAUUUCGCGGGAUUUUGCGGAUUUACCAGAAUUUCGCGGCUCCGCGACCGCGCGAAAUAUCAGAAGCCCUGUCUUUAACCUUGCAGGAACAGUACCAUAGAAUAAAUCCAAGUACAAAAGAAUUUUAAAUUGAUUAAUUUUUGUGGUUUUUAUGGAGUGAAAUUAAUGUUUUCCGACACGGCUCUAAUCGUCAGGUCUCUUAAGGUCAGGAUCGUUACAGAGUUGACAAAAUCACCAAAUUUUGCACAGUGAUAGCUUAUUGCAGUACCAUGAAUAUUAGAGGGGGUGCCCAAAGCAAAUAUGCCACUGAAGCGUACUAAACAGGAUUUAAUUAUUGUAAAUUUCACCUGCUGGGGUCCCUGUUGUGUUUUGAUUGAAAAUUGUUAUUUAAUACCUUAAAUCACUCAGAAUGCUCUUCUCAAAACAACAAUUUCACUCGAACAUCUGGCAUUCCCAUCCAUUAUUAGCUUAUUGAUUUUAUAAUUAAGUUGAUUAUUACUGUGCCUUUAAGGUAAGUCCAAAGUCCGCCGACAUUUUCAUAAGUCAUUUCUAAAAUGGCCUCGUCUUUGCUUCAUAACUUGCAUACUUGUAACUUGUACUCAGCUUCUGGGUUUCUCUUCUCCUUUUCGAAUGUAUUUCAAUUAUAGGAAGCUUUAUUGUGUAGCUUAAGCUUUAUUUAUCAAGUAUUAUUUGUCAUUACAUGUCACUUUAAGCUAAAGAAAGCUUAUGGCUUAGCGAUUCACACACAAAAUUUCAGAAAAAAGAAAUUGUCAAAGAGUCUGUUGUAUCACAUAUUAUCAGGGAUUUAUGACAGCUGCUCAUGAACACCAAAUAACGAAAUGACAGAACCCAAAGUAAUUCUUUCUUAAGGGGCUAAUUAAUUUUUCAGCUUAACAUAGGCCUGGACGCCUUACAAUCUCUCUUUAUCUGCUGGACGCACGUGCAUGUUUUGACAGAGAAGCAAGCAUCGUGGAACAAGUCAUAUCAUUUACAAUUCCCGCAGUUUGUCUAACCUUUACAAAGCAAAAACAAACAAAAAAGAAUCUGGUCUCAUAAACGAAAAAUAGAAACAAGUUAGCCGAAGCUUCAAGAAACAGCACAUUUUAUUAUGAAGCCUCUACAUUUGGCACUGAAGCACUAAUGUCCAAAAAUAAUAACAGCUUAUCAAGUCGUAAAAGUGAGACUCAGGUGGUAGAAGAUUGACUAAAAUGAAAAAUGGUGAAUGGUUUAACUAAUGAAACUGUAGAAAUGGGGCCGGGUUAACUUUUAGCGCCUGUUUACAUGGAGGAGGGGGACCCCAGGUAGGCAUGGUAACCCACUUAGGUGGGGUAACCCGCCUGUCCAUUUAAUCUCUCAUUCUAAUUUGAUCACGUUCACAUAAUAGGUGGGGUGACCCUUCAAGGUGGGUAGCCUUGUCUGCCUCACCAGGUAACCCUCUCAGCUGAGGUCAAAUUUUGCAAUGUCAACGUUUCAAGGUGAGAUAACCCAGGCUAUUCGGAGUCGGAGUCCUGAUACAUCAAAUUCGCGCAAAAUUCACUUUGGCGCCCGGUGACUUCACGUAAUUAUUGAAGGUAACAAUAGAAAGCCACAACACUGAAGGUUCCAGCAAGAGCAGCAAGUGAGCGUAUACGUGGUUUGCCAGCAUUUUUCUUGUUUACAUGCUCAGGGACCAUUCAAUAACCUUGAGGAAGUGCACCCCAGGAUGGCGGGGUUGUAAGAUUGCAUGUGAAGGAGGGUUAUUUUUUACCCCACCUAAGCAGGUUACCUCACCUACCUGGGGUCCCCCACCUUUAUGUUAACAGGCCCUAAGUCUCAGGAACCGUGGAACUGGUAAUAAACGGUAUACCUAACCCGGGACUAGCUGUGAUACUGCUUCUAUCGUCAAAAACGUCAGCAUAGCAGCCAAAGGAGCCAUUAUAUCGGUGUAACACGAAUAUAAGAUUGCGUGGUUUCAUGCGUCUCGUUUUGUGACUUUUUUUGUCUUCAUUUUUAUCACCAUCCCUAAAUUUCAAUCAUGUUCAAAACACCCUACACCCUUACUAAUAAAAUAUUUCGUAAAGCUGUUUAGAAUGAUAUUCAGCAAUAAAAACAAGGUGUGACCAGGAGUCGAUUUCUAGGCUCCUGGUGUGAAUGCAAAGUUUUGCGGUAUGUAAUCUGUCAGAAAUCUGUUUGAGUGGUCAAAGUUGGGGCUGAUGUUUUUUUACCAUGACCACUCUAUUAUUAUAAGGGACCAGGCCAUAAUUAUUGUUGACCCUUGCUUUUUUUGGUAUUUUCUGUAAUUUUCCCCAGCAUUAUUUGGGGAAAGGUGGUAACUGAAUUGCUCUUGAGGAAUUCAUGAUCGUAAGAUUUCGUAACCACGGGGUAUUCCCCUAAUUGCAUUAAAAAAAUAAUACAUUCAUUUUCAUAAAUGAUGCAUCAUUGGUUGGCUAAAAGAGGCCUUGUUCCUGUAACUUUCAGCUCUUCUGAAGUUAGUUUGUUUGUAAAUUGUAACGAACACGACGACCUUCCUUUUUUUGGAAGAUGGUAUAAACCUACCAUUAACACUCUGGUGCGAGGGCUCUGAAGUGAAUGAGCUCCUUACAGGUGUCUAGGCAAGCAGGGACCUCAUACACUUCUUUUUAAAUGUAAAUGUGUAAAAAAUAAAGAGUUUUAAAAAUUCCUGGAGAGGCAUGUUUUACAUCCUCGUCCCCAGGGCUUAAUAAAAAGGUAGAAAAAGAUAAAGCGACCAUAUUUUACGUCAAUAACUCAUGAAGGUAAUAAUAACUGAUAAACCAGGUGGACGGUGCGCUCCUUUUACCCCCCUCCCUCCAUUAACGCUCCGUUUUAAGGGUACCGUAUUUAUUCGAUUAACCGCCCUGGGCGCUUAUUAAAUUUUUGGACCUUGAGAGUGGGCGCUUAUUAAAUUUUCACCAUUUUCAGCAAGUGAAGUAUGUUUAUUUUGCAACAAAACAAUAAAUGCUAAUAACAAAACGCGAAUGAGUAACAAAACAAGGUUUCUGUAAAAUACUCUCAAGAAAACUCCGUCCUCGGGAAAGUCUCUUAUUAGAAUUUAUUCACUCAAGUGGUCGGGGUGGGGGUGAGCGCUUAUCUGAGUUUGAUUGGGAGGAGGAGGGGGUGGGCGCUUAUUCGAGGCUGGGCGCUUAUUAAAUUUUUCUGCCAUUAGGAUGGGCGCUUAUUCGAGGUGGGCGCUAAUUCGAGGUUGGGCGCUUAUUCGAAAUUAUACGGUAUUUAAAGCUAGUCAAAGCUACACAGAAAGGAGAGAAGCUGAAAUAAGGAUGUGUUGACACCGGGGAUCGAACUCGGGACCUCGUGCACCGAAGGCUGCGCACUAGCCAACUGUGCGACCCUUUCUCCUCCUUUUCCCCCUGAGGACGAGGUUGACAUGUUUUAAUGACAGGGUUACCAACGAAGCAAAUUAUAAUCUAAUCUUAGCUACACAAUUACAAAGUGGGCGCGUUAUCAGUUACGGUUCAUGAGGUCGUUCAUGUGGCAUGUCAAAAUUUAACGAUUCUGUCGUUUAGGAUAUGAUACAUUUGGCUUUUAUGUUAUUGUAUGACAUCUUUGAAGGCUGGCUUUGUGAUCUGUUUAAAUUGAUAUGUAAUGAUAUUAUCACUGGCAAGUCUUAGCAGUGACACUGAUAGCCACACAGUGAACAUGGCCAAAUUUACCGUGUGGAGACUGGGCACUAGUCAGUGUUAUGCACAUGUAAAACUAUUUUGAAUAGUGUAUCAACAACUAAAAAUUACCAAAUUAAUACUUAAAAAUUUGAAACAAAUGUUUUUUUAGCCAAAUCAAACAAGAAGAGUACACACCACAGGGCACCCAAUCUGCUAUUAUAGGUGAAAGUUAACCCCCCCUUUUAUCUGUAAUUAGGACCAUUUGUAACGGACACCCCCUCCAGUAUUAAUCGGCAGGUGCUGAGGAAGCUCUGUGCCAAAUUUGACACUUUUGUCACGUCUGUAACGAUCCGGCCUAUAUUUUGCACUAAGAGACCUGACUAUAAUACCCCAGUCAAUUAUCUAUCCACAAGAUAGCUAGCAUGUUGCUUUAAAGAAGGAAAGAAAGAAAGUUCUCUAUCAGUUUCAAAGGUCCUAAAUUCUUUCACUCUCUUAGUUUUAAAAUUCGCAAUUAACUAUGUUGCGAUUAGCUUUUUAAAUGUUUUGAAUUUUUAUUUUUAUUUUUGUACAUCAUUAUGGCAAAACAAUAAACUGAACUAAAACUGAACUUCUUAAAAGCUGCUUUUUUUGAAGACUUACAGUUUUGUACACUUUAAGGCUGAAAUAAAGCUUUCCUUUGUGACAGCUAAAUUAAAAGAUACUCAGUCUUUUCAUUAACACUAUUUCAAAUGUUGAAGCCAUUUUUUUUUUUUCAGAACCGUCUUCAUGUAUCAACACCCAUCCUUCAUGCAACGAUUACGCCGAUUAUUGUGAAGAUGCAAACCUUGGAAGUGCAAUGAGAAACAAUUGCCCUGUGACCUGCGGAAUAUGUGGUAUUUUUUUAUGGAAAUUGAUAUCCUUAUCACGUUACCAAAGUUCACUAGAUAACUUCUAUUUUAAUUCGUAAUCAUUAUCAUUGUCAUUAUCAUUAGCGUUAUCAUUAUCAUUAGCACUAUUUUCACUGUUAGAAUACCCAAGGAUUCUGCCUGCGCGCAAUGCUGGUAUACUAGUGGCCUCCUAGGACAUUGCAGAUUUUUUGUGAUUUCAGUAUCUUUUGCCGAGUAACGUCGUUCUUUGGCCGGGUUAUAUUUUUCGAGUGAGUUUCUUGUGGCGUCGCCGAACCCACAGAAAUUUUACUUGGCCGUUCCUCUAGAAACUAACCCCGGAGCUUCGGCCAACCUUGUACUUGAACAAGCGAGGCCUUAAGCAACAGCCCCAAGCAGAUUUAGGCUCAUUCAUCCGGAUUGGUUUCUUUUUCUUCUCAGGUUAUAUUCCGCGUUUGUAUGUUAUUCAGUUAUUACCUCUGUUUUCCGGUAAUGCUUGCUUUGUCUACCUUUUUGGUGGCGUGCACGACCUGAAAAUGAUUUUGGUGGUGUGUUAGACCUGAGAAAGAUUUUUGUCGUGUGCUCCACCUGAGAAAGAUAGAUGUCGUGUGUUCGACACGAAAAUGUUUGGGUUGUAUGUUGACCGCCACAGAAAGACUGAUUCUGGCCGUACGUUCGAUUUGAAAGAGAUUUGGUCUUGUUUCCAACCUUAGACAGAUUUUGGCAAUGUGCACGACCUGAGGAAGAUUUUUAUUAGAGUAUUCGACCUUGUAAAGGCCUUUUGUCGUCUGUUCGGUCUUAGAAAGAGUCUGGUCGUGUAUAUUUUCGACCUUGGAAAGAGUUCGGUUGUAUGUCACAUCUUUUGUUGCUAUAUUUUUUGUUGGGCUUUUUUUCCCUUCCCGCCCCUGCCGUGACCAGAAGGGAAAUAAACACUACUCCCUAUAACCCGUCUUAGGAUGGGUUCCUGGUCCGGUUGGGCUAGCGGGUGUUACCCUUCCUUUUUUAACAUGUUUUCCUUUUCGUUGUUUUGUUUUGUUGUUGUUGUUUACGUAUGUGAGGUAGGCCUACCCUUAGCAGGUUACCGAAUUUACUCGAAUAAGCGCCUCACAUGGAGUGGGAAAGUUAAUAAGCACCGCACCAGAGACACGAAUAUUAAACUAAGCGCCGCAUCGCUUAUUCGAGUAAAUACGGUAGUUAUUUCCCGCCUUUCUUUCCUUUUCCUGUACAAGGGCGCACCGUCAGUUCCUUUGCUAUGAGCAAAUUGAAUAGGCUCGGGUUGCGAAGUUGUUGGUGUGAUUGGGAGGGUAAUCUCCUUAGCUGGACCGGACCUCUUUCCUUCUUACCUUUUAGCUUGUUGUUCUAGUGUUGUGAAGAGGAAUGGAUUCCUUUUUUUCUGAGUUCUGGAGAGAGUAUCAUUAAAGUGCCGGUUUAACAUUGCAACUUUUCUGGCAUUAUAUUAUUAUAUUGAAAUGCAAUAAACCUAAUAAGUGCUCUUAAAUAAGCACAGUAGCCAUCAAUGUUUAAACUGGACUAGUUAGUACUAACACUGGCAAGAACAGGUGGUAAAAUUGUGGCACAAGUCAACUAUCUAUUUCUCCAUCAGAUCGUCAUGGCGCCAACUAAAGGCUGGUUCAGUUCACUUGCGACGGAGUAGGAGUCGGAGUCUUAACCAGAAGCGCAAGACUUUACGAUCUAGUGAAAACAGCGUUCUGAUUCCGCUUACGACUCCGUCCCUUAAGAUCAAGUAAAAACUAGGUUGUCGGAAUCGCAAUCAGAAGCGGAAGGACUAAACCAAUCACAAAGCGUGGAAACGUGUAUUGUGAUUGGUUUACCCUUCUGCUUCUGCUUCUGACUCCGACCAUCUGGUUUUCACUAGAUCGUAAGUGAUGGAGUCAUAAGCGGAAUCGGAAGAAAAUGGAAACGUUCUGAUUCUUCCGACUCCGAUGCCAUCGCGCUAAUGACUCCGCUUACGACUCCGAUUUUUGACUCCGCUAACACUCUGCUUACGAUUCCGACUCGGACUCCGUCGCUAGUGAAAACCAGCCUUAAGACCGAUAUUCAAGGGUUUUUCUUUCCUUUU